AUAAAACAAAGCAAAAUAAUAUAAGAUAAAAUAAAAUAAAAUAAAAUAAAAUGAAAAUUAAAAAUCAAUAACAUUCCACACUAGCAAGAUACAUUCCCUUUGGAAGCGACAGCUACUCCUCCGCACUGAGGUAAAGAGAAAGUGAGAGACCGAGAAACAGCAAAAUCGCCACCGAAGCGUGGAUGCACUGGAUGCACCUCUUAGCCGGUAGAAUGACGCUUUGACAUGAGAUCCAAUUUUGCAGGUGUGGGUAAAUCAUCGUGGGACUUGGUUUUCUAGAAGCCAGAACGAAGAUCCUUAAAAUGACUUGCUCACCUCACUUAAGCGAUCUACCUCAAACAUUUUUCUUUUAUUUUUAUUUUAUUUCACGACGGUACGUGGUUCGGGUCGGAAAACCGAACGAAGGGAGGCAAAUUGGAUGCGUGUUUCAUCCUGCAUGUAAGGUGCAUGAGCUCAGUCCUCCUCUUAGUUGCCUCGUAGCGCUUCGUGUUGCGUCGCACUACUGCCCGCGUGGCAAAUAAUGAGGUUCCCAAAAAGAUAAGAAAUUAAAACAAAAACUAGAUUAAUUUGACGAAAACGAGUCUUUCGGUUCACAAACUCGGCUGUUAUGGACAUACUCGUUCUUAGUCCUCCUGGUAGGUGGUAGGGUUGUCGGUGAUGUCGGGG